AUGUCGCCGAAGUCUUCAAGCCUUGAGCAGACUGUCCGAACCCUUACUUCUCAUCCUUUGGCGCGUGUCGCGGAAGACGCAG